AUAUAUAUAUGCUCUAAUUUAAAAUAUUUAAUAAACUCUUAAUGGCUAUUGUUUAGAUAUGAGCGAAUCAUUUUUUAUUUUUUUUAUUUAUUUUUUUAAGGCGAGUAGGUUCUUUUUAAUGAAUCGGUUCACAAAUCGGACUAAAUGAUUCAUUACGCGAUGGUAGAAAGGUGCCUUUGGUUGUUCCUUGCAGGGUACUCGACCUUACAGGCUCCAUGUGGUUUGGGGCGGAGUUAGGGCAUCUGCUGCCUCCCAGGAACAAACUGAGGCCCCUUUGUUCAAUUAGCGCGUACUUUUGCAUUUAAUGUUUUAAAGUCUAUCGAGUUAUUACCAACGACUGUAAAAGUCAUGUGAACAUCAAAGUUCGAUUUUAUUUUUAUUUUUUCCCACCCACUAGAGUUUGUAAACUCAUCAGGUUUUAACAAAGCAGCUGUUCGUUAAUUUAAACAUGAAGGGCGGGAUAUGACUGGCUGAGUGCGGCUGUUCUUGACACGCCCCUGAAGCGGGGCGACAUCUGAUUGGCUCAUAUGUCUGUGAGGGGCGGUGCAGAAAGCGAUAUCAGACAGCACUCGAGUAAAAGCAGACAGACUGAAUCUGAGAGCAUCUGUUACAGUUCAUUUUUAUUUCCUGGCGCGUUUACUGUAGUUCUCUGAAGGUCAAAGAUGUCAAAGGGCACAGUGGUCCUGGCGUACAGUGGGGGUCUGGACACUUCCUGUAUCCUCGUGUGGCUCAAGGAAGAGGGUUAUGAUGUCAUUGCUUACCUGGCAAACAUUGGCCAGGAUGAGGACUUUGAUGCCGCCCGGAAGAAAGCGGAGAAACUCGGAGCAAAGAAGGUGUUUAUUGAAGACCUGCGUUGUGAAUUUGUGGAGGAGUUUAUCUGGCCGUCAGUGCAGGCUAACGCAAUAUAUGAAGACCGUUAUCUGCUUGGCACAUCUAUCGCCCGGCCGUGUAUCGCCCGCCGACAGGUCCAGAUCGCCCAACAGGAAGGAGCUCAGUUUGUUUCACAUGGGGCCACAGGAAAGGGGAAUGACCAAAUUCGGUUUGAGCUGACGUGUUAUGCACUCUACCCUCAAGUGAAGAUCAUCGCUCCAUGGAGGAUUCCAGAAUUUUACAACCGUUUCCGUGGCAGAAAAGACCUGAUGGAGUAUGCAGAGAAACAUGGUAUUCCUGUACCGGUCACUCCGAAAGCGCCAUGGAGUAUGGAUGCUAAUCUCAUGCACAUCAGCUAUGAGUCUGGAAUUCUCGAGAAUCCCAAGAAUCAUGCGCCUUCAGAUCUUUACCAGAUGACCAAGAACCCUGAAGAUUCACCUAAUGAACCAGACAUCCUGGAGAUCGAGUUCAUUAAAGGUGUGCCAGUGAAAGUGACACAUGUUAAAGAGGGAAUGUCUAAAAACACGCCACUGGAGAUCUUUUCUUACCUCAAUGAGAUCGGUGGAAAGCAUGGUGUCGGGAGAAUCGAUAUUGUGGAGAAUCGCUUUAUUGGAAUGAAAUCAAGAGGUAUCUAUGAGACUCCUGGAGGAACCGUCCUGCAUCAUGCUCAUCUGGACAUAGAGACCUUCACGAUGGACCGGGAGGUGCGGAAAAUCAAACAGAGUCUCUGCAUCAAGUUCUCCGAGCUCAUCUAUAAUGGAUUCUGGUACAGCCCCGAGUGUGAGUUUGUACGUCACUGUAUUGAUAAGUCGCAGGAGAAUGUAGAGGGUCACGUGCAGCUGUCUGUGUUUAAAGGUCACGUGUACAUCCUUGGCCGCAAGUCACCUAAAUCACUUUACAACGAAGAACUCGUUAGUAUGGAUGUUCAAGGCGACUACGACCCGUGUGACGCCUCUGGAUUCAUCAAGAUCAACGCUGUCAGGCUGAGAGAACACAACCGCCUGCAGGGAGCCGCACAGAAGCAGCAAUGAACGAUAUAUACUGAUUCAUGUGUCUGAAAUCAUGAUUUUUGACUGACAGAGUGUCAGUUUAUUCAGAACAAACUGUCUAAACUGUUACAUGUAGCUGUGAUUUAAUUGACUGUUACAUCUCAUUAAACACGUACAAAACAUUUCUGACUGCUUCUAUUUAACAUUGAUAUUCACAUAUUUA